CUUCUCUGGGUUGGAGUGGUGCCGGUGCUUUCGCUUCCACCGCUGCUGUGCGCGGCGCUUUUCCCGCUAGCCUCUCCGGGCGCCGUCUUCCGAGCGGUAGGUCCGCUGCGUUCCCACAGGCUCUUUCUGUGUCACUGCUCGCUGGCAGCAGGCCUGGCCGCUCCCACGCGGAGCGAGCUUCUCCUCAGGGCCAUGUCCAGGCCGAGCAGCGUCUCGCCGCGUCCGCCGGCUCCUAGCGGAGGCGGCCCGGGAGGCGGCGGCGGCGGCGGCCCCGCUUCGUGUGGUCCUGGAGGCGGUGGCCGGGCCAAGGGCCUCAAAGACAUUCGUAUAGACGAGGAGGUGAAGAUCGCCGUCAACAUCGCUCUGGAGCGCUUCCGAUACGGUGACCAGCGAGAAAUGGAAUUUCCUUCUUCUUUGACCAGUACGGAAAGAGCCUUUAUUCACCGACUAAGUCAAUCUCUUGGUUUAGUUUCUAAAAGUAAAGGAAAGGGAGCAAAUAGAUACCUAACUGUGAAGAAGAAAGAUGGAUCAGAAACAGCUCAUGCAAUGAUGACCUGUAAUUUGACUCAUAAUACAAAACAUGCUGUUAGGAGCCUAAUUCAGAGAUUUCCUGUCACCAAUAAAGAACGUACUGAACUCCUACCUAAAACAGAAAGAGGAAAUGUGUUUGCAGUUGAAGCUGAAAACCGAGAAAUGAGCAAGACAAGCGGGCGACUCAACAAUGGCAUACCUCAAGUUCCUGUGAAAAGGGGAGAGUCUGAAUUUGACUCAUUCAGGCAGUCUUUACCAGUUUUUGAGAAACAAGAAGAAAUUGUUAAAAUAAUUAAGGAAAAUAAAGUAGUUUUGAUUGUAGGAGAAACUGGGUCUGGAAAGACCACACAGAUUCCUCAGUUCCUGUUAGACGAUUGCUUUAAAAAUGGCAUCCCCUGCCGAAUAUUUUGUACUCAACCAAGACGAUUAGCAGCUAUUGCUGUGGCUGAAAGAGUUGCUGCGGAGAGAAGGGAAAGAAUUGGUCAAACAAUUGGUUAUCAGAUCCGAUUAGAAAGCAGGGUUUCGCCAAAGACACUUCUGACAUUUUGCACUAAUGGGGUAUUGCUUCGUACAUUGAUGGCAGGUGAUAGCACAUUGUCGACUGUGACCCAUGUUAUUGUGGAUGAAGUACAUGAAAGGGAUCGAUUCAGUGAUUUUUUACUUACAAAGUUAAGAGAUUUGUUGCAGAAGCACCCAACUUUGAAACUAAUUCUUUCUAGUGCUGCCUUGGAUGUGAAUCUCUUCAUAAGAUAUUUUGGAAGUUGUCCGGUGAUAUAUAUACAGGGAAGGCCAUUUGAAGUAAAAGAAAUGUUUCUGGAAGAUAUUUUAAGAACUACUGGAUAUACCAACAAAGAAAUGUUAAAGUACAAAAAGGAAAAGCAACGAGAGGAAAAACAACAGACCACCCUCACAGAAUGGUACUCUGCCCAAGAGAAUACUUUCAAGCCCGAGUCUCAGAGACAGAAAGCUGUUGCUAGUGUGUCUGAGGAGUACGACUUACUGGAUGAUGGAGGCGAUGCUGUCUUCAGUCAGUUGACAGAAAAAGAUGUGAAUUGCCUUGAACCAUGGUUAAUCAAGGAAAUGGAUGCCUGCCUUUCUGAUAUAUGGCUGCAUAAAGAUGUCGAUGCUUUUGCUCAGGUCUUUCAUCUUAUUUUAACUGAAAAUGUUAGUGUUGAUUAUAGGCAUAGUGAGACCAGUGCAACAGCUCUGAUGGUUGCUGCAGGACGGGGUUUUACGAGUCAAGUAGAGCAAUUAAUUAGUAUGGGAGCCAAUGUCCACAGUAAAGCAUCAAAUGGCUGGAUGGCUUUAGAUUGGGCUAAGCACUUUGGACAGACUGAAAUUGUGGAUCUCCUAGAAUCUUACAGCGCUUCAUUGGAAUUUGGAAAUCUAGAUGAAAGUUCCUUGGUUCAAACAAAUGGAAAUGACCUCAGCGCAGAAGACAGAGAGCUGUUGAAAGCUUAUCAUCAUAGUUUUGAUGAUGAAAAAGUAGACUUGGAUUUGAUCAUGCAUCUUCUGUAUAAUAUCUGCCAUAGUUGUGAUGCUGGUGCAAUAUUAAUUUUUCUACCUGGAUAUGAUGAAAUUGUUGGUUUGAGGGAUCGUAUCCUCUUUGAUGACAAGCGGUUUGCUGACAAUACACAUAGAUAUCAAGUCUUUAUGCUUCAUUCAAAUAUGCAGACAUCUGAUCAAAAGAAGGUAUUAAAAAAUCCACCUGCAGGUGUCCGAAAAAUAAUCCUUUCCACCAAUAUUGCUGAGACAAGCAUCACUGUCAAUGAUGUUGUCUUUGUUAUUGAUUCUGGUAAGGUGAAAGAGAAAUCCUUUGAUGCACUGAAUUUUGUUACAAUGUUAAAAAUGGUAUGGAUUUCCAAAGCUAGUGCCAUACAGCGCAAAGGCAGAGCGGGACGAUGUAGACCUGGAAUUUGUUUCCGUCUGUUUAGUAGACUUCGAUUUCAGAACAUGCUGGAAUUUCAGACACCAGAACUCUUGAGAAUGCCAUUGCAGGAACUUUGUUUACAUACCAAGCUGUUAGCCCCAGUUAACUGUACCAUUGCUGACUUCCUUAUGAAAGCUCCCGAGCCGCCUCCAGCUUUAAUCGUGAGGAACGCUGUCCAGAUGCUUAAGACAAUAGAUGCAAUGGAUGCAUGGGAAGAUCUGACUGAACUCGGGUAUCAUUUGGCUGAUUUGCCAGUAGAGCCACAUCUUGGGAAAAUGGUCCUGUGUGCUGUUGUUUUAAAGUGUCUGGACCCCAUCCUUACAAUUGCCUGCACACUAGCUUAUCGCGAUCCUUUCGUACUGCCUACCCAGGCCUCUCAAAAACGUGCAGCUAUGCUUUGUAGAAAACGCUUCACUGCAGGGACUUUCAGUGACCACAUGGCACUUCUGAGAGCAUUUCAGGCAUGGCAGAAAGCACGAAGUGAUGGGUGGGAGCGAGCCUUUUGUGAAAAGAAUUUUCUUUCACAAGCUACCAUGGAAAUCAUUAUAGGCAUGAGAACACAGUUGCUUGGUCAGCUUAGAGCAUCAGGUUUUGUUAGAGCACGAGGUGGUGGUGACAUUCGAGAUGUUAACACAAACUCCGAGAACUGGGCUGUUGUUAAAGCUGCAUUGGUAGCAGGCAUGUAUCCUAAUUUAGUCCAUGUGGACAGAGAGAAUGUAGUGUUGACAGGGCCAAAGGAAAAAAAAGUACGCUUUCAUCCCACUUCAGUUCUCAGUCAGCCUCAAUACAAAAAGAUUCCUCCAGCCAAUGGUCAGGCUGCAGCGAUUCAGGCAUUGCCCACAGAUUGGCUUAUUUAUGAUGAAAUGACCAGAGCCCAUAGAAUUGCUAAUAUCCGAUGUUGUUCAGCAGUGACACCUGUUACUGUCCUGGUGUUCUGUGGACCAGCAAGACUGGCAAGUAAUGCUCUUCAGGAACCUUCUUCCUUUAGAGCGGACGGCAUUCCCAAUGACAGCAGUGACAGUGAGAUGGAAGACAGAACUACUGCCAAUUUGGCUGCUCUGAAACUUGACGAAUGGCUUAACUUCAAACUAGAGCCAGAGGCUGCCAGUUUAUUGCUACAGCUCAGACAAAAGUGGCAUAGCUUGUUUUUACGCCGAAUGAGAGCACCAUCUAAGCCUUGGUCUCAGGUGGAUGAAGCUACCAUACGAGCAAUUAUAGCUGUCUUAAGCACUGAAGAACAGUCUGCAGGGCUACAGCAGCCGUCUGGGAUUGGCCAGAGGCCAAGACCCAUGUCUUCAGAGGAACUCCCCUUGGCUUCAUCUUGGAGAUCCAAUAAUAGCAGGAAAAGUUCAGCUGACACUGAAUUUGCUGAUGGAUCCACUACUGCAGAAAGAGUACUGAUGAAAUCUCCAUCUCCAGCCUUACAUCCACCUCAGAAGUACAAAGACAGAGGAAUCCUACAUCCUAAACGGAGCACUGAUGACCGGUCAGAUCAGUCAUCUGUGAAAUCCACAGACAGCAGCAGUUACCCAAGUCCUUGUGCUAGCCCCUCUCCUCCGUCCUCAGGAAAGGGCUCAAAAUCUCCUUCACCAAGACCAAACAUGCCUAUUCGUUACUUCAUAAUGAAGAGUAGCAACCUGAGAAACCUUGAAAUUUCUCAACAGAAGGGUAUCUGGUCAACAACCCCUAGUAAUGAGCGGAAGCUAAAUCGAGCAUUUUGGGAGAGCAGCAUGGUUUACUUGGUAUUUUCUGUUCAAGGAUCUGGACAUUUCCAGGGAUUUUCUAGGAUGUCUUCUGAGAUAGGAAGGGAGAAGAGCCAGGACUGGGGAUCAGCUGGACUAGGCGGAGUAUUUAAAGUGGAGUGGAUACGCAAAGAAAGCCUUCCCUUUCAGUUUGCACACCAUUUACUCAAUCCUUGGAAUGACAACAAGAAAGUACAGAUAAGCAGAGAUGGGCAGGAGCUAGAACCUCAAGUUGGGGAACAGUUGCUCCAGUUAUGGGAACGUCUUCCAUUGGGAGAAAAAACGACAUCUGAUUGACAUUCAGAACUCCUGGCUGUGGAAGAGCAUUAUGCCUAUUGUAGCUACAGAAUGCACUGAUUUUCUGAAAACCUUGAUGAAGUGUUGUAUGCCAUGAGAGGGUUUGUAGCUAGAGUAUUUCUUCAGAAUCAUCAUCUUCAUAUAAAGGAAAAUAUAAUUUAAAUUUUUCUAUUGUUUUUUUAGGAAAUUAUUAUAUAAUGUUUGUUAAUUAUCUGUUUCAGAUGAACAAAAUAGCAAUUUUGGUAUUUGAUACAACAGCACUUAAUUUAAUUUAAUUUGAAUGUAAACAUUUCUUUAAAAUAUUCAGUUAAUGACUGUUGAUGCCAAAUUCUUUUCUUUUUGCUUUUUCCAGACAGGGUUUCUUUUUUUGUGUAGCCUCAACUGUCCAGGAACUAGCUCUGUAAGGCCAGGCUGACCUCAAACUCACAGAUAGCUGCCUGCUUCUGCCUCCUGAGUGCUGGAAUAAAGGCUUGCACCACCACUGCUUGAGAUACCAAACUCUUAUUGUUGACUUUUUGGUUAUGAGCCUAUCCUUUAAUGGCUGCACCAUCUCUCCAGCCCUACUGUUGACUUUUUAAUUCAGGAAAGGCAUAAAUACAUCAGUACAUCUAAGAACCUUUCUGGAAGAGUCAGCUCUUAGUUUUAUCAUUAAAAAAACAACCAACACACUAAAAAUUUAAGUCAUCUCUUAACAGAACUAGUAUACAUAAGGGCUAUUCAUUGUUAUUUUUAACCUGAGAUACAGUAAAGAAAACAGAAGGAGUGCUAUUUUUCUCUGAUUACAGGAUGAGAUAAAAUCUCAAGAAAGGUAAUUUCUCUCUACUUUUGAUGAGAUCAGUGCUUAAUUUCAUUCCUAGUCCUGUCUCUUUUAACCUUAUGUACAAUAUACCCAUUCUUUUCUUCCUAUUAAGCAACCUUCACAUAACUAUUACUAUUAUGACCUUUUUAUUUUGCCACAGGAACCCAAUUUAAAAUAACUAAAAUUUAUGGAAAUUCAUGCAAGUAUGAAUUUAAAAAAUGCUCAGUGGUUAUUGAUAGCUUGGUUAUUGUAUAUCUUUGAAACUAAAGCUCACACAACCCAUAAUUCUUCAUGUCUUUUUCCAUUUAUUUUUUUAAUCUUUUUCUCUCACCUAUUUAAUGUAAAUGGGACAAAUGUCCCAUUUUUCUAAGUCUGUGUUAAUGCUAAGUCUCAUGUCUCUUUACCAUGGCAGAGUUACUUUCUUUAAUGUCUUUACCACCAUUGGUUACAGGUUUUCUUUGAGACUCUUUGAAGAUAAAGUAGAAGUGCAAGACAAAACAUCAGACAUGUCUUUGCUACUGAGCUCUAAAUAGAGCAUGCUUGAUAGUUCUUAUCAUAGCAUUUGAAAAUGAAUUUAAUUUAAAGCUGAAAAGAAAACAAAUGUCUGGUUCAGUAUUUGACGGCAAAGAUGUGAAAAAUCAUGGACUGGCAUGAAGUCUUGAGAGCUCUACUUUCUCUGAGAAGCUGUAUUGAUGUAUUGCUUUAAGAUACCAGCUAUAACUUUUGCCUGUAUUAGAAAUUUUGAUAUAUAAUACAUAUAUAUAUGAUAUAUGAAUGCAUAUAUGUAUACACACACUCACCCCAUUCAUUCAUACACUUUGAGACAUACCUGUAAAGCUGAGCCAAAGUGAAUUAUGCUUCACUGUAUGUGUAUUACAUUUCUUUUGAAACUUAGAAUUUUCCUGAUAAUGUAUACUUUUUUAAGGUAUAUAUGUAGAGGUUUUCAGCAUUCUAAAUUUGGAAGAACUUUUAAAGAAAUAAAACUUGUUUAAAUGUUCCUUGUUUUGUAAUAUCUAGCCUUGUAAAUAAAUGAUGGGUUUGUUAGUAGAGUGGAUAAAAUUUGAAUGUAAUAAAAAUAGUAUCCUUGAAGAAAUGAAUUUUAAAUAUACUUAUCAAAUGAAA